GACAGUUUAAGCUCCAUAACAAUAAUUUAUGGUUUAAAAUUUAGAAAAAAAAAACAAUUCUCUAUAAAACGCCUGUCAGGCCUCAGAUCGCAUUUCCAUCUGCCAGUUUCUGUCUGCCGAUGGAGGACACCAUGAAUAGGCGCCACCACUACAUUCCGGCCUUCGGCAACUGGGACUACUCCAGCGAUCUCCCCAUCACGCAAUACUUCGAAUCGGCGAUGCAGGCCGGUUUGGUCAGAGGCCACGUCCAUGGCGAAGAACCCUCUUAUGACGAUCUCUUCAGAGCUUCUCACAGCAUGAAGCGGCGGCAGCAGCAGGAGGCUCCCUGGACCAGAAAGGCGAAGAGAGGAGACCAGAAGCAGCAGCAGCAGGUGCAGCAGAGAGAGCAAGAGAGGAAACAGGGGAAGGUUUAUGAUGCUGUGGCAGCACAAGCAAGGCCCAGAAGAGCUCCAAUGGCAGUGGAUGAGGAUUUGUACAAAAUCCCUCCUGAGCUCCUCCACAAUAAGCCUAGAAGGGCGAAGAGCUUGUGGUCUGGUUGCCUGAGACUAAACUGCAUUGCAUGAUCAGUCGAUAUUGCAUGCACCUCUGUUAUGUAUGUUUGUUUAAUUUGCUUUGGCUCUUCUAUCUUCUUCCAUCGAUAUGUAAAAUCAAGUAAAAGAAAGAUGGUGCAUGUGCUUAGCUUGUUCGUCGCAUGAAUUACAGCAAUAUAAUACAGACUCUUAAAUUUCCA